GUUUCCAGACAUGAAGAGCUAACAGGAAUUUCUCAUUUAACUCGAUAUGUUCGUUAUAACCUUGCUGAUUUUGAACACGGUCGUGACUUCAGGUGUAGAGGCUUGCGGCAAAGAUUUGAAAUGUGUCCCUUUGUCGAAGUGCAAGGUCCAAAUGGAUGUACUGUACCCUUGCAAGGAAGGAUAUGUUUGUUGCCCUGAAGAGAAAACGACUAGGAUAAUUUCAAGGAUAUCGGAAUUUCCUGUAGAUUGCGGACUCGUCGACAGCGAUGAUAGAAUCACAGGUGGAAAAUUAGCACGCAUUGGUCAAUUCCCAUGGAUGUCGCUACUAGGAUACGAAACAAACGGAAUAAAUGUCACACAGUUUCUGUGUGGCGGAUCUUUAAUAUCCAGAAAUUAUGUACUCACCGCCGCGCACUGUUUAAAUUUGCAAGGUCUUAAAUUGUCUUUGGUAAGAUUGGGUGAAUUUAAUUUGGCCACGGACAAGGAUUGCGAAAAUUUUACCAAGAAAAUCUUCUGCAGUGACCCUUACAGAGAUGUAGUAAUAUCAAAGAUUAUCCCACACAAGGACUUCUCUGCAGUCAGCCUGAAAAAUGAUAUUGCUCUAUUGAAGUUACAAAACUCUAUCUCAUUUACAGAAUUUAUUCAACCAAUUUGCUUACCAUUCGACAUAGAAUUGACGCCAGAUAUGUUUUACGAUAAGAAAUUGACGGUCAGUGGUUGGGGUAAAAUAAACUCAGAUAGAGUUUCAGGAUCCGAUGCGCUAAUGUAUGCAACGGUGAAAGUUUGGAAAACUUCUAGAUGCAAUAUGUCCGUUCCACCGGAAGUACUUCCAAUAGACGACGCGCAGAUUUGCGCAAACGGAAGGAAGGGCGAAGAUGCGUGCAAGGGCGACAGCGGAGGUCCCCUUUUCAUAGUUACAAACACCCAAAAAUCCCUUAAGCAUCACCAAAUAGGCAUAAUAUCAUUCGCAUCCGCAAUGGUUUGCGGAAAUGCAGAGUUGCCAACCGUGUACACGCGCGUCGACCACUAUUUGAAUUGGAUAAAGCAGAACACCGAAUAA